GACCUGUGCCAGCUUGUGCCAACCUCCUCCGGGACCUUCGCCGUCGCCGUACAGCCAGAGGUAUCCCACACCCAUGCCGGUGCCUUCGCCCGCCCUGGCCCCGACGCCUUCCCCUACGGCUGUGGCUCCGGCGCCGUCGACUGAAGCCAAGUGCAGCACGGACACCGGUGGUAGCUGCCAGUGGAUGGGCUGCGCUUCGAGUCGUGGCAAGACCAGCUGCAGCAAUGGCAAGUGCAAGUGCGCCAAGGGCUACUGCAACAUGAAAGGAAAGUGCGUGAAGUAUGCGGAUUUUCAGCAUCAAGCUGAGAUCAACAGUAAAAAGUGCUACACCAACACCGGUGUUUCCUGCCGCUGGUCCGACUGCGAUCGAAAGAUGGGUAGCACCAUGUGCGACAGCCUGACUGGAGGGAAAGGAACCUACAAAUGCCUUUGCAAGAAGCACUAUUGUUGGGAUUCGGUGAAAAAGCACUGCAUGAGACAGUGAGCGCAGUGAGCGCGCUUCCGACCUGGUCACUGGCCUCACAACUUCCCGAACGGCAGAUGAAUGGCUCAGAUGGACUUGCGGC